AUGUUGGGGAAACCAUUGAAUAAGUUACAAAGGAAAUACCUGAACGAAAAGCGACCCAAUUUUGCGCCCAUAUUUUUAGACCAGUUAAAGCCAAGAAUGAUAUUAUACAAAACAGCGAUUCAAGUGAGUGAAUUGCCAUUACCAAAAUAUCCAGAAAUAGCAUUUAUAGGUAGAUCAAAUUGUGGAAAAUCUACACUAAUCAACGAAUUGUGUGGGAGAACAAAUAAAGCAAAGGUGAGUAAAUUACCAGGAUGCACAAAACAAAUACAUUUUUAUAAAAUUGCCAAGCCUUGCUUGUUAUGUCUAGUUGAUUUGCCAGGAUAUGGAUUUGCCCAUAGUAAGGAAGAAUUACGACUACAGUGGAAUGAAUUUACCUUAUUUUAUUUAAAAAACAGAAAAAAUUUAAAAAAAGUUUUUGUUCUCAUUGAUUGCAGAGUUGGACUAAAAACAAGUGACAAAGAAUUGCUCCAUUUUUUCGACCGAUAUAAUAUUAAAUAUCAGAUAGUCUUUAGCAAAUGUGACUUACUGAAUACGAAAGACUUAGCCAUAAAGAUUCAAAUCGCGAAUGAGGAAAUCGCGUGCUUUAAAAAUUUGGAGGCCCCAAUUAUUCCCCUCAGUUCGCUGAAAAGACAAAACUUGAGUGAGCUGCGGAGGGAAAUUGCCAGAUACCAGCUAAACAAAACCAUCGUUAAAAAUAACAUCGUGAUGAAGAUCAACGACUUGAUCGAACAGAGGAGGUUGAGGAAGCUGUCGGGCGGCGCCAUUAGCAGCGUUAGCGGCAGUGGCGAUGUUAACGGCGUUAGCGGCAUUGGCGAUGUUAACGGUGUUAGCGGCGCAGUGGAGGGCCAGUUUAACCACCCCACGGGGAACCCCCCAGACGGGGGCAACACAAAAAGCAAAAAUAAAAGCAAAAGCAAAACGAUCAACGUAGGUGAGACCCUGUCAAAGGACAUACUACUCAGCGAUGACACCAUUUCGGACGCAUUAAAUAGGUGGAAAAAAUUGGACAAACCGAUCGUAGACACACCUUUUAAUCAAUACAUGAGUUGCCACAUGAAGCUUAUAAUAAACGCCCUGCAAGAAAAAUUUCUACGCCAGUGCCGUGAAGAGUUUAACGAGAACGACCUAAACAUUAUUGACGAGGUGAUUGAAAAAUGUGGUAAACUGGGUCACCAAAAUGAGAAAUUGGCGGACCCAUCCUUAAGGCAGAUAAAUGAUACAGAACAGUUGUGCGUGAACAACACACAGGAUCAUUACAAUAAGGGGACCACCUAUAUGCAAAAUAAACAAAGGAAAUACAAGAAAGGGUUGGAGUUAACCGAACAGCAAUUGGAAGAUGAUAGGGAGAAGAAACACCUUUGGGGAGAGACCAUUGGCGAUAAAUCUAGUAAGAAUGUUAGUGUAGAUUUAUCCCCAUGGGGAAGGUCUCAUGGAGGAGUCAACAAAAAGAUUGACGCAAAAGAAAAUAAGAAAACCUACGUGAGGAGCAACGAAACGGUAUCGGAACAGACGUGGGAUGACGAACAACCGAUGGGAGAUAAUCACGAAUCAUAUUGUACAAACGGUUUGGAAGUUCCCCACAGUGGUGGGCAUAAAAACAAAACUGAUGAUUAUUCAAAUCUGCCUUUGCUAAGUAGUAUCGACUCGAUGGAACUAGAAAAGGAGCUACUUUUGGACAGUCUGCUUUUAUCGGAUGAAAAAAAGAAGAACAAAUAUGAGUAUCUCCAUUGCGAAAAUGUAAAAAUGGAUAAUCUAUUUGAAGGAAACAAAAACAAAUCAUGGAGCGAUCAGUUUAAACGUGAGGAUUAUUCCAAAGUUAAGGAAAACAUUUUAUUGGAAGAAGAAGAUACGUAUACCCCUGAGGAUUAUGCAAGUGGGUUAAAGAGGAGUAAAUCGGGCACUCAAAAUGGUGACAUCCUCUCCAGUUACACAUUUAACAUAAAGGAUAAAGACACGCAUCAAAUAUACGAAAAAAUAAAGUCAGAUUCGUACAAAAUGUAUAGAAGUAGGCAGCUAGAAAAUUUAGAAAUACAAACCAGUUGGGGCACACCUGGACAAGGCAAAAAUGGGGCAUCCCCCACGAAUAGAGAAAACACCGGUGUGAAGAAACAUUACAUUGGCUUAAAAACCAGAAGCAGUAUUAUCAAGGGAACCAAAAAAUUAAAAUUAUUUGGUAAAAAAAGAACCAAUGAUAUUGUUCACGUUCCGAUCGAUUUGGCAACGGACUAUUUUAAGUUAAGCAACAACUCCACAGUUUACGAUAAAAAGAAGAACAGCUGGAAUUAUAUUAACUCCAAGUAUAACAAGUGGCUUAAAAAAAUGACCCGCAAGAAGAUUUCCACGGAAAUUACCAGCCCAGUUAAAAAGGUAGACGUCAUGGUGAGAUAUGCACAGAAACAGGAAAGCAAAUAUAAGAAGGAGAAAAACAAACUGCUCAUGCGGAAGAAGAACUUAGGCAUGAUCACCAAACCGCCUAAUCAUAAGAAGGGCCAAAAGAUUUCAAGAAAUUAUACCCUAUCGGAUGAGCAAAAGAUAUUUGAUAGGGAGGCCUUUUUUAAGUAUCGCGAUGUCCAAAAGUGA